AUGGUGAGAGAAGGGCUGAUAUGUCGGAUAGAAACUGAGGCUUAUGAUUUGCUAAAGACUGCAUAUUUUGCGGAUGACUGCAUUCGUCCACCAUCAUCAACGAACAGUGGAGGAGAUUCUAAGGAUUGUGAAGCUACAGAAGAAUUUGAGUUUAGGCAGAAGUUGAGAGAUGCUGAGACUCCAUUGUACUCGAGUUGUCUUAAGUACACAAAGGUUUCUGCAAUCAUGGCCCUUUACCGCAUAAAGGUGAAGAGUGGAAUGUCAGAGAAUUACUUUGACCAGCUACUUACAGCAGUGCAUGACAUGCUACCUGAGGACAAUGUGCUGCCAAAGACUACAUAUGCGAUGAAGAAGUUUUUGAAGGUUUUCGGGUUUGGAUAUGAUGUGAUUCAUGCAUUCAAGAACGAUUGUAUCCUAUACCGGAAGGAGUUUGAUAAGAUAGAAAGCUGCCCAAGAUGUAGUGCGUCUAGAUGGGAGGUAGAUAAGCACAAUGGUGAGGAAAGGAAGGGAAUUCCUACGAAGGUCCUUAGGUAUUUUCCGAUAAAAGAGAGAUUCAGGAGAAUGUUUAGAUCUGUAAGGAUUGCUGAGGAUUUACAGUGGCAUUCGAGCAAUAAAUCUGAAGAUGGUACAAUGCGACACCCUGUGGAUUCUUUAUCUUGGGCACAAGUCAAUGAUAAAUGGCCUGAGUUUGCUGCUAAACCAAGAAACCUUAGAUUAGGUCUUUCUACGGAUGGGAUGAACUCUUUCUCCAUACAGAAUACUAAGUAUAGUACGUGGCCAGUGCUGUUAGUGAAUUACAACAUGCCACCUCCUAUGUGUAUGAAGGCUGAGAAUAUCAUGUUGACUUUGUUGAUUCCUGGUCCAACAGCUCCGAGCAACAACAUAGAUGUUUACCUAGCUCCACUGGUAGAUGAUUUAAAGGAUUUGUGGAAUGAGGGAAUUGAGGUCUAUGACGCAUACUUAAAAGAGAACUUUACAAUAAGAGCUCUUCUGCUGUGGAGUAUCAGUGACUAUCCAGCCUUAGGGACAUUGGCCGGAUGUAAAGUUGGUGGAAAGGAUACUCCACAUAGGUGGUUGAAGUUUAGUCGAAAGUAUGUAUAUAUGGGCAACAGGAGGCGUCUAAGACACGGUCAUCUGAUGCGGAGUCAGGUUUUACCAAACUCCUAG